AUGUCUUGCAUAAAAGACGAGGAGGCAUCGAAGGCCAUCCCAUCCCUGAAACACUCGCCAUCGCUCAAAGGCUUCAACCACCUUGCUACCGACGGAGUGUACCGCAGUUUUAGCUCGAGUGGCGAGGUAGUAGAUUAUAAGCAAUUAAGCCCAGCGGAAAUUACAAUGAUGCUGGAGUUCCAUGAAAAAUAUAUGGACUUAGAGAUUUUUCAGAAGACUAAGAAGAAAUUUGACGGUGUGGAUGGCAGAAAUGUGACCGAUUUGGCGCAACUGCUUCAUCCAGGACCAGAAAUUCGUCCUGUGAGAUUUAGAGAGUGA